GGAGGAGGAGGAGGAGGAGGAAGGACAGACAGAGAGGCAGAGCAGGCAGUGGGCGGGGGAAAAGAGGAAGGAGAAAGAGACGAGUGGCGAGGAGAGAGGCAGCCUCUCACUGAUGCUGAGUCACAUUACAGAGGGACCACAGACGCAUCCCAUGAAUCUUUGUGAAUCAUGGAGGAGCUUGAGCACACCUGCCCCCACCCCAGGACGACUCUGACUAAGCCCGCCAUCUUUGCCAGGGAGACCAGUUGCGAUUGCCGCGCCCCUCAUGAGAAACUCAGCAUCACUCAGGCCCGCAGAGGCACCCCAGUGGACCGACCGGUCAGAGUCUACGCAGAUGGCAUCUUUGACCUGUUCCACUCGGGACAUGCUCGUGCUCUCAUGCAGGCCAAGAACCUCUUUCCCAACACCUACCUUAUAGUAGGAGUGUGCAGCGAUGAGCUGACCCAUAAGUACAAGGGUUUCACAGUGAUGACGGAGAUUGAACGUUACGAAGCGUUGAGACACUGCCGCUACGUUGACGAGGUCCUGAGAGACGCGCCUUGGACUCUCACACCGGAUUUCCUAGAGAAACACAAGAUCGAUUUUGUGGCUCACGAUGACAUCCCCUACUCCUCAGCAGGAAGUGAGGACGUAUAUAAACACAUCAAGCAGGCAGGGAUGUUCGUGCCGACACAACGGACAGAAGGAAUCUCGACUUCUGAAUUGAUCACCCGAAUCGUCAGAGACUAUGAUGUCUACGCACGACGCAACCUCCAGCGCGGCUACACGGCCAAGGAGCUCAACGUCAGCUACAUCAACGAGAAGAAGUACCGGCUGCAGAACCAAGUGGACCGGAUGAAGGAGAAGGUUCGCACGGUCGAGGAGAAGAGCAAACAUUUUGUGUACCGCGUGGAAGAGAAGAGCCACGACCUCAUUCAGAAGUGGGAAGAGAAAUCCAGAGAGUUCAUUGGCAACUUCCUGGAACUUUUUGGGCCAGAUGGGACUUGGCAGAAACAGGUGUUUCAGGAGCGCAGUGGACGAAUGCUGUCCUACGCCAUGUCCCCCCGAGGGUCGCCCUGCAACAGUCCUCCCCGGGAACUGUCCCCCCUGCGCUCUCCCUCACCCCCGUCCCCCCCCGCUCGCUGGCACAACGCGCGGCCCUCGCCCCCGACCUCCCCCAAGGGGGCGUCGGCCUCUAUGAGCAGCAUGAGUGAAGGCGACGAAGAUGAGAAGUAAAUGGAUUGUUUAACACACACACAUGUACACGCACGCACACACACACACACGCUUCACUCACAGCACACUGCCUGAGAACUGCUCACACACACACAAACACAACACAAACACCGGCUGGACAAUGAAACGGUUGUCAAGGGCAAAAAACCCAAGGCGGAGCAGGAUGAUGCUGCAGAGAUAAGAAGCCAUCGCAGUCUGCGACUGUGUCUGCAACAAAGCAGAAGGACAAAAGAGAAGACGAAAGAGGAGGAUUAACGAACACUGUGUCACAAUUCGUUAAAAAAAAGGCCCAGAAUGCUUUGCAGCAUCUUUCAGAGGAUUUGCUUACGGAUUUGUCCAGUGCUGAUAAGAGACUGUCCAACAGCCUGAUCAUAAUAUCACCUCAUUGUUUUCUGUCCUUUCCUGUUUAGCGUAGCAUUUUUUUUAAGAUGCAAAUAUUUCUUGUAACUCCUGUGACCUUCAGAUGUGAAUCGGUACAAAGUUACAGAACAUCUUGUGCGAUGUUCAGCUGAAAAGCUCAUAUGAAUUGACAGGAACUGGAGUCAUUCCUCACCGAGUUAUUCUUGGCUUGUUGAACAAAGAAUUAAAGAAAUGACACUGCGCACAUUAGAUUAGGGGAAGUAAAGUUAAGUUGGAUAACCUGUUGGGACUAAAACACAUGUUAGUUGGCAUCGUUUUUUGCAUAAAUGGUUGGUACCUUAUUUUAAAUAAGUGAUCCCCGAUCAUUGAGUCACUUGUUCCCACGCUGCUGUUGUGACCACUGACACAGUUCAAAACUAAAUUCUUCAGAAAAUGAUAUGGAAUUAAAGUUAGCCUGUCGGAUUGGCAGCCUGAAUGAUCCUGAAUCGUGUCCAAAACGGACAAAAAGAACUGAAGGUGGGGGAGGGUUUUCAUCAACUCGGUUGUACAGCUUUGUUAGAAAUCAAGCAAUAUAAUCUUAGUUGUAAAGUUCAUAUGAAACAGAUACAUUUUUGAAUAAAUAUGGAAACAAGGUGUGUCAUAGAAUUAGACCCUGAAAUCAGCCCCUUCAGACUAGAGUCUUGGACUGCACCUAUCGGUUGUGAUGAGACAGAAAAAAAACAGCCUUUUAUUAGCUUAUUGAAUGUAAAGUGAGCCUACAGUUAAGAGUAAAUGUAAUCAGUCUAAGUUCUAGUCACAUUAUGACAAACACAAAUCCUUCAUCAGUCAUUUAGUAGGCCACAUGAAUUUCAGGUCUCGCAACAAUCCAUUGGUACAAUCAUUAGUGGAUUUUCAGCAUAAGAAGCCAUGUAUUUUUUCAGUUAUUCAUGUUUGAUCUAUGGACCUCCAGCAAACAUUCUUGCUCUUUGGAAUUUGAUGUCAGCUGUCAAUCAAACCCAGAAAUCUCGGAGAUGCAGCCUUUCUCAAGGACUCCGGACACUUGAAAUAAACAACAAUUGAAGCCCUCCAGGUGAAGCCGGAUCAUGAGCCUAAUGUUUUAUUUGAUGUUAUUGGAAAUGUACGUGAUAACCUUUUUUUUUUUUUGCUCAGGUCUGCUCACUUCCACCUAGAAAAAUACAAUUAACACCCUAAUGCAAUGUGGAGACCUAAAUGUCCUGUACGCACUACAUGUUAAUCUGCACUAUAUGUACAAACUUUGGGAAAGUGUGUAUUUUUUAUUUUUUAAAUUUCAAUGUUCAACUGGCUUGAUAUGUAAAUAAAAUCUAAAACUGAAUUCGAAGUCAAACU